AGUGCAGCCCCAGCUUAUCUCUGCUAGCCACUUCCUUCAUGAGUGUUUGCCCACUUCCUGCGCAGCCAAUCAAGUGGAGCUGCUUGCCGUAUGCUGACGAUGACAGGUCUGCUUGUCACAAGCCACAGAAGCAAGAAAUUAGUAUGUCACCCAUCUAAAAUGAGCCACACAGAAAAGGCGUUCCAGAGGAGUUCGAGAAAGGGCCCCGAUGCACUGGCUAACCUGUUCUGCUUUUUCAUGCAAUGAAGAAAAUACAGAGAAUCCUGAAAAUCGGCAUAAAUAUCCUUAAAUGAAAAUAAAAGAAUGCAAAGCUACAAACAAGGUGGUCCCUCCAUGUGUUUUGGACUUGAAAAUGGUCACAUGUCAAGGACUGCUGAUUUUUCUGUUCCUUGAGACUGCCUCAGCAAGUUCCUGUCCUGACCGUUGUACUUGUUCACCAUCAGAUCAGAACCCACUAAAAGUGGACUGCAGCUUCAGAGAACUGAUGACACUUCCUCACCUACCCAGCUCAACACAAGAACUGUACCUCCAGGAAAACAAAUUGGAAACAAUACAGCCAGGUGCAUUUGAUAACCUUCAGAUGCUGCAAGUCAUCAAUUUAUCAAGUAAUCCAUGGCACUGUGACUGUGGAAUUCUGUAUCUGAGAAACUGGUUAGAAGACCAAGUGGAAAGCACGCACACUGGUGGUGUGACUUGCUUUACUCCUCCUUCACUUCACAAAAGACCUAUAUCUGAGCUAAAAAGAAAUGAACUUCUUUCUUGUUCCAUAUCCAAAAGACGUUGUUCAGAUCUCUUAUUCUUUGAUGCACCAAUCUUCAUUUUAGUAUUCAUUACUCUCCUGAUUUGUGGUUUCCUAAUAACAAGAAGGACUAAAUUUAAAGUGGAGGUUUGUGACACCCGCACAAACAUCCCAAGAAUAUUACCUUCAACUUCUUAUCAGUUGAAAAGAAGAACGAGAAGAGUAUCAAGCAAUUCAUCAUUGCUAGUGACGAUUGUGCCGUAGACUGCCAAACAUGAAGAAAGGCAAACAUAUUAUUUCUGUUGAUCAUUAAAAGUGAAGUAGAAAGC